AUGGCGCGACCCCCCACGGCACAGCAGCUGUCACCGCAGUUCUGCUUCACGACAAGUGCAUUACGAGAAUUUCUCCGGUUCUCGCGAUCGACUGUCGACGACCCAAUUAGCCAAAAUCUGAACGCUCUGGUGACGCCCGCUCGCGCAGGGUUUGAUCCCCAGUCAACUGCGGAAAGAACAUCAAAAUUGCUGAGGAGAGAUGUCAAUGCCGAGAGAUGCACAGGAUUUCUCGAAAACUUUUUAUUUCCCGCGUGGGACUCUCGAGCCCAGGUUUUCGACUAUUGCGCUGCCGUCGCUUCAAGUCCCGAUCCCGAUGAUCCUGAAGCCGCCCUGCGAGAGCUUCAAAAGAAAAGAGAUAGCGAAAGAGUAGUGGACGAGCGUUUGGAUCCAUACUCAGGUCGUUUCUAUACCCGUGAGAGCCGUACUGAGGUUCUAGCAUCGACUCUUCGCCAAGAACGUGUCAUCGAGGAUAUAGUUCGCCACCGCACCUGGGAGGUGAUCCAGGACCGCUGCGAGGCACCGUCCGAAAGCUGGCAAGACGCUGUUGAGUCAUGGAAGAAGAAUUAG